CCACGCUUUGAAACACAAAAAAUAUGGCGGGAUUGAAGGAUUGUGCUGGUGCCUCGCAAGUGACACGGGCUACACGGAGGCUAUGCGUCUUUGCGGGUUUGUUUUAAAACUGUGAGGUUUUAUACGUGAACACUUUUCGGGUCCCGCUGGAGUUAUUGGUAUGAAAUAAACAUGCCCUUUCAACAGAGGAGCAUCGAACCGCGGCGUGUUAGCAGGUUAUCGGCGAGGGAUGGGGACGAAACCGGGAGACGCAAACUACGGAGACCCGUUUUAUUCUCGUCUUUGGAUGAGGUCAGCUGUCACACGCUCACCAGCAUUAUAUACCAACUUUCCGACCUUUCUCGACAUGCCAGCGACAUCUUCCUGGGCAUCGAGGUGGAGGCAGGGAUGGUGUUCAGAAGAUCCUGCAGGAUUCAGGGGCGGCUACACAUUCUGCAGGGAGAAGUCCACAAGUUAGACCCCAAGAAAGUCCAAAUCCCGGUGUCUAACCUGGAUGAGGAGAGCAAGUGGACGGUGCACUACACAGCUCCAUGGCACCAGCAGGAGAACGUCUUCUUACCAGGUAGCAGGCCGCCCUGCGUAGAAGACCUGCACCGCCAAGCCAAAGUCAACCUCAAGACCGCCCUGCGAGAAUGUGACAAGUUGAGGAAAGAUGGUUUUCGGAGCUCCCAAUACUACUCUCAGGGUCCCACCUUUUCUGACCCACUACAGUCCUCCAGCAGCCUGCAGGACGAGGAGGAUGAUGACAAUGAUAAGAAGUCAACAGCUUCAUCAGUGGAUGAUGACAAAUCUCAGCUGUCUAUGAGGCCCCAGACCCCACAGGGAGGCGGCAAAGAAGGGGAAGUGUCAGAGGUUGACGGACAGUUGGUAUGGACCAAAACCGUGCCCCUCCCCACCCCAGAGGAGAAGAUGAGGCAGACUGCCAAGGCCGUGCCCACAGACAUAGUUGCCAUCAACGUCACAGGGGCAGUGUUUGACCGACAAGCGAGUGUCCGGCGCUCCCUCAUUAACACUGACACCGUGUCCCGCCGGCCCAAGAAGGUCAAACGCAGAAAGACUAUAUCAGGGCUGCCUGACAACUUCAACCAAGAGCUAGCAGCAAAAGGCCGCGGAGGAGAGCUCCGGCCGCAAUCCAUGUUCAUCCCGGGACAGUAUUCCACUUUGGGCCGAGUUGGAAGUGUCAACUCAACGCUCCGACGUUCCCAGACCAGAGACUCAGGCUGCCAGACAGAAGAAGUGAAGAUUGUACCCCCGUCUAUGAGAAGAAUUCGGGCUCAAAGAGGACAGGGGAUCGCUGCUCAGAUGGCUGGCAUUUCUGCUUCCUCCUCUACAGGAAGCAUAUCCAUCUCCAGUAGUGACAGUUCUGGAAUCUUGAUGCUGCCACAUCAGUUUAACGGAGAUCCUUCCCGUUUUCACAGUCUACCCCGACAGGGUGCCAGGGUGUCUCUCAGUGCUGAUCCCAUCUACAGCAGCACCCCCAUUAAGUCAGAGGAACAAACUACACCCCAUAGGCAGAUUGGAAAGCUUCAAGUUGACAAUACAGUGGUGCACAUGAGGAAUGCCCCAAGGACAGGCACCCUGCCCAGGCCCAAGUCUCAGGAGGUGAGGGGGACGCAGUCCAGUGAGUGGGGUGGUGGUCCAGCUUGUGUGGUCUCCCCACAUGCUGCUUAUGCCACCUCACUCAUCCCCAAUGCCACCAUGUCUAGCUCUUCUGAGGUCAUCACCCUCAACACUUCCAGUCAGCUCUCCAACUCUCCGGUCUCAGCUUACCCCGCAGCUCGACCGCUCAGUGUAGCUUCCUCCACCAACACUGACCCCCUGAACUCCAGUCCCACACCCUUUAGCCACAGCACCUGUCCAGCCUUGGCCACCUCCACCCCUACUCACAUACCACAGGAUGGUCGCCUGAAUGCAGGAGGACCUGCCAGCGAGUCAGGGCAUUCAGACAGCAGCGCACACAGUCACAGAACCUUGGCCCCCACACCACCAUCCUGUGUGACAGAAGAGCAGUGGAUCUACGACACACCAGAAAACGUGGUUGCCCAGCACCGCACUCUGACCUCCAGCUGUUCCACUCCUAUAAACCAGCUGUACAGCAGCCUGGAGCUGUCCUCCAGGACCACUACUGACUCCAGCUCCGUCUAUUCCCAGGACAAUGACGGAUAUUACACCUCCAUGCAUGUGGACUCAGGCCUUCGCUCACGCACCCAUGGCAGUGGGCACGGGGCAGCAGCUGGACGGGCGACCAGACACAGCAUGUACGAGUGCCGUGAGAUGGCCAAUCAGGAAGACUCUGGAAGCUUGUACAGUGACCGCUCUCUAUCCCGUAGCAUCUCCCUCCGCAAGUCCAAGAAGCCUCCGCUGCCCCCAGCCCGUACAGACUCUCUCAAACGCAAGCCUGGUGCAAAAAAGCCCCUUGGAGGUGUCAGCGCCAUCAGCGGGCCAAAUGGCGCUAUGCUUAAUGAGACUCUUAUUGCCAGCUUGCAGCAGAGCCUACAAAUGGGACUCAGAGGAGGGAAAGGAUGCGGCUCUCCCUCUUCACCCUCCCACAGCCCCAGUAGUGACUAUGAUGACCCUUGGGUGCUACGGCCACGAAGUCAGAGUAGCGUUAGUGCAGGUAGCUCUGCAGCAUCGCUAGUAGCUAACACAAACUGUGGCGGUGUGUCUAAUGUAUACUCACUAUGCCACGUGACGCCUGCUCACAGUGACACCAGCAGCUUGCGUUCCGACUACGCCGAUUCCUGGGGAUACUAUAUGGACUACCCUCGUAACCAUGGAGACCAGAGGCCACAGACUCCUCUGGCCCAUGCCACAGAUAACAUGUCAGCCGGGCCUCACCCAGGAGAACUACAGAACGGAGGUGAGAUUCACAGCAACAGCCAGGGCCCUGGAGCUCCAGGCCAGGAGGGUGGGUUGGCAGUGAAACCCAAAACAUCCACCUCCUCCCCUGACAGGGUGCACAGACUGACUUCCCCAUCUAGUGGCUACUCCAGCCAGUCCAACACCCCAACAGCUGGAACCCCAGUACCCUCACUCAUCAGGUCCAUGUCUCCCUCCGGCAGCCGGCCCAAGCCUAAAGUACCUGAGAGGAAGUCCUCUCUCCUUUCCUCUGUUUCCAUGUCCUCCUCUUCCACUUCUCUUUCUUCCAACACCUCUGACUCAGUUAAGAGUUCUGGGCCUCCUCCCCCACCACCUCCACCCCUUCCACCUCUUCCCCUUUCCUCAUCCUCAGCUCCAAACACCCCUCUCAGCCCUCCUCCACCCUUCCCUCCCCCUCUACCUCCAAAUUCAGGUUCCCCAACUCCUCCGCCAGCUCCACUAUUACCAAACACUCCACAGGGUCCAACUCUGAGCCCUCCACCUGCUUGCUCCACCUCCCCAGAAUUCCCUCCUCCUCCAUCCCCUGAAACACUAAUCCACACCAGUUUGUCUUUCAAUGGGAGCUUCAGUCCUCCCCCUCCGCCUCCCCCUCCUGUUCCCACAACGGGUCCCCCUCCACCUCCUCCAUUGCCUACUUUUAUCCCACCUUCUUCCUCCCCAUCUGUUGUGAAAGUGAAGGAUGCUCCUAAACCUGCUGUUCCCAACAGUCCCACAAAGUCAUCUAAGCCCCUCAUCACUCCCUUUGCGCUGCAGAGUGUUCAGCUCCGCUCAGUCAAGCAGCCAGAAAAGGAGAUCAAUGGCAAAACGGACCACACCAAAGCUGAGGAACCAAGGGUGAACCUCAUCAAGGGUCUAAAGCCCCAGACCCUGGGCAAGUCUGACUCCCAGGAACAUCCCACCAUAUUAACCCCACUGAAUUUCUCUCCAGAAGAUUCACGUAAUUCCUCACCGUCACCUGUAUCAAAGCUCCUAGAAGAGUUGUCAUUAGACUGCAGUAUCACAGACGACACACCAGACUGUGCUGUCUACAAUGGAAUAACUGAGGAUGAGAGUUGCAUUCUUUUAAAUGGGAAAGAAAAAGAAGAAUUGCAGACGCCACCACAGAGCUCCCAAAGCUCCCCUGUCAAACAGAAGCCCCCAGUAGUCUCCAAGAAACCUCUCUUCUUUGUCCCACCUGUUAGCCCCCAACCAACAAUCAAAGAACUGUUUCUAUCUCAGCAUGAAGAUACAAACAGCCUGUCCAGAACAGAAGACCAAAUAGAUGCCCCGCUAAUCCAAGUAAAGGGAGAAGAGAAAGAGAGGAAAAGUGAGCAACAGGAGGUGGAGAAGGAUGAGGAAACUUUAGCAGAGAGCAGUAUAUCAUCCACAGAAAACCAGGAAGGGUCCUACAUCUCUGCCUCUGCCAGCCAGAACGCAAGCCUUGACCACGAGCUGCGUACAAAUGGAGAUGAUCAUGAAGAGGAAGAGGAAGAAGAGGACGGAGAUGGAACGAGUAGCACGACUGGAUCCAUCAGCUCCAGGGAGGAUGACACAGGUGACGUGUUCGACUCCAGUACGGUUGAAUCGUCUCCGGCCCCAUCUGCCAACGGGGCCUCACGGGAGAUCAUGGUGACCCCGACUCCCACACGGACCCGAACCACUGAGGACCUCUUUGCCGCCAUUCACAGGUCCAAACGCAAGGUCCUGGGUCGCAAGGAGUCUGAGGAGGAAAAGUCCCGGGCUGGAAGCCAGUCACAGUCUCCACCCGUCACCCCCACAAGCGUGUCCCCAAGCCCGGUGUCCCCAAGCCCGGUGUCCUCACUGCCCCGUCAGACAGGCUCCAUCCAGCGCAACCUGCGGAAAUCCUCCACCAGCAGUGACACCUUCAAGGCUCUUCUCCUUAAAAAGGGCAGCCGGUCUGAGACCAGCUUCAGGAUGUCUGCCACUGAGAUGCUUCGCACCACUGAUCCUCGCUCCCACAGGACACGCUCCGACUCAGCUUUAGACUCCCCUACUGCUUCGGCCUCCUCACCAACGUCGCCACACAGCCCCUGCGCCUCCCCUGGCCGUGGCAAGAGGGCAGCAGAUGAGUGGAGCCGCUGCGAGGCAUUGGCUCUGUCCUCACCAACGUCAUCAUCCUUCUCAUUGAGCGGGUUCAAGUACGGACGUUCACGCACGCCGCCUUCUGCUGCCAGCAGCAAGUAUAACGCACGCAGCCGAAUCCUCAGCAGCCCAAUGACAGUUAUCUGUGAGCGCGAGGGUGAGCUGGCUGAGAGCGAGUACGGAGACACUGCAGACAGCCAGACUCUCCCUGUGCUCCAGGACUCUUAUGGCACUUUAUCUGAAGAGAGCAGAAGUUAAAGAGCAGAGAGCGCCCCACAGACACGGUGGGCUGAACUCAAUCAUUGUAACCAGGUAGGGGGGGGCAGGAAGAGGAGCCAAUAGAAGGCCCUCUUCAGACUCUGACACCUUCCCGAGCCCCACCCCCUCAGCGCCGCCUCUGAGGGAGUGGACAUGUCGGGACCUGAUGUGAGGUCAGAGGUCACCCCAUCAUGGACCAGGCUGAAAUCGGUCUGAAGUGGAGAACUUGGUUCUACUGCAGCUUUUCAAGACUCCCGUGAUUUUCAUUCUCUCCUUCGUUUGCUGACUCACCCUUUGUGUUAAAAGAAUAGUGUUUCUUUUAAGCCUGGUGUUCUUAGUUUGUUUUUCAUUGCUCAGUUGCUGUUUUAUUUACUUUUAUCCUGUCAGAGCUCAUGUUGGCUCUCAUAAUAUGCAGGAACCCUUUUGUGUCUUUGAAGGACAUGGUGAGAUGGCAAACUAAGGUGAUUUGAAGGAAUUGAAAAGUCACAAGGUGUUUGCUUAACUUUGCUGCUGUGGUGCUUCGUAGCUAGGCAGUUGGAAAGAGUGGAAUGUAAACCUUCUCAGCCUCUGCUGCUCUUCUGUUGGCUCUGGAAAGUGUUCGAAGGCACCAUGGCUCGCAAGUGUUGGCUUCAAACAGCCCAUAAAGAGGAAAGAACGUGAGGACAUGGUACAACGGACAGCUCCCACGGUACAACUUCAGCUAUCGCCAGGGUUUUCGCUUUCUGCUCUUAGGUCAGCAGUUUAGUUUGCAGAGCUGGUGUGUUCAGUGGUCCAUAGAAAGUGCAGAGGGCUCAGUGCUGCCACCUAGUGAACAGUGGUUGGGGCGUAUAAAAGCUCAACCAAAACAGCAGAUUAACUCUUUAAAAAAAGGCUCAUAAAACCUCUAUUAAUUGAAUUUUAGUUUGUUAGUUUUGCACUGUGCAUAGGUCUUUUUCUUUGUUUGUGUAUGUUUUAAAGAUUGUUUUAAUAAACAAGCGAUGUCUUGACUUGUGUUUGGGAAUUAAGUAUGAAUCUAUAAAUGUAAAGCCAGAAACAACAUAUGGAAAACAAAAAGCUUAUUUUACUGUCUUUUAGUGGAUCAUGUUGGUUACCAAAGAGCUGAAAAUUAAACUGUAGCUGGCUGUUAAUCUGGACGUGGACACAAUCUGAGAGCACAAUUGCUUGUCUGUUAUGUUUGCCGAGACCUAAUAGAAACCUUCUAUCUAGAGCUUAAACAAUUUCUAUAAUGCUGUUUUCUGCUAAGUUUAUCCGUUUGCAGUUUUAUAUUGUUCUGUAUGUAAAUACAUAGAGAAAUGAGUUUUAAGUAACAUUUGACUUAUUUUCAAAAGACUUUGUACAUUUUUAGAGCCCUCUGUUUUGCUGGAAGGGAGUGGUUUCCUUUUUUUUGUAGAUUAUUUAUUUUCACAUAGCAGGGCUACAGUCCAGCACAGCAUCCUGGUCAGAGUCAUUGAAACAAGGUGAUGGAGGCAGGACGACGAAAGAUCACAUUUACUAAGCUGACCCCACCAGGCGUUUUCUUUUUUUAAAAGGUGCUUCUUCAAAAAUGCAAUAAUGUCAAUAUUUAUGCUUAAGCCUUCUACUGCCCUUAAUCUUGAGUAAUGCAAAUCCCACGCUGGUGCUCACAGCUGAGUAAAUGUGGUCUCUUCAGAGUCAUAAACCGAGGUGACAGGCGUGAGACUUCAUAACCUCCUAACAGCCAUAACACCCUGUGGUUUAAUCACCUGUGACCAAAGUGUGUCUCCCAGCUCCAGCCAUGAUUGAGCACAUGGGGGCCCGGGCUUAUCUCAUGACGAGAACGUCUCAAUCCCAGUUUGUGAAGAGCAGACGGGAGGACAGACAAAGACGUGAAGUAAUGGGAGUGGAGCUGAAAGGCAGGCUGCUAACGCUCUUGUGUAUG